AUGGUACGGUUACGGGAGAGGGAGAGGAGUCGUGGAGUUCAACAUCAUCCGAAACUAAGCUCGGCAGGGCUGGAGGAAGAUGAAUGCAGAAGGAAGUUCAGCCAACGAGUGUCGAUCAAUAUUUUACUACCGACGAAGAAAAGAGCGGAUAACGCUAACUCUUUCACUAAAUGCAUUCAGGACGCUGCAAAGAAAAAGCUUGCGGUUUCAACACCAAGGAAGAAGUUCGCCUUCGCAUCUGCGGAGACAAGGAUCCACGUACAGUUCUGUAUGUGUAACCCGCACUACUGUUGA